CCUUUUCUCUCAAUUCUCUCUCUCUCUCUCUCUCUCUCUCUCUAUUUCUUUGUUCUUUUGAGACUGUAUCCUCGAGUUGACUCCUGGACAAUCAACUCGAUCCUCGAAUCCUUGUGAUUCCUGCAAUCGAGUAACAUUGGUAUCAAAACUUGACUAUCCUUGGCAUCGAGUAACGAAAACCCUAAUGCAGAAAUUGGGGAUUUGCGUAAAAUGAUACAAAAUCUGAUAACAGAGGUGGGACAUCUAGCUGGGAAGGUCUCAUCCUUGGAGAAGUUAGAUCACACAGUGAUGGAAUUAAGGAAGCAACUAGCUGGUGAUAAUCAAAGAAACACUGUUCCAUUGAGAAAUGAAGGAGAUUCUGAUCAAGGUGAGAGGGUCGAAUUGCAUAGGGAAAGAGAAGGGAGUCCUGGCAAUUUCAGUAACUCUCAAUUUCAUAAUAGUCCUAAAUUCCAUCAUUCAAGAUUCAAUCGAUGGUCAAGAAUAGAAUUCUUGAAAUUCAAUGGUGAUGAUUUGAGAUCCUGGUUGUUUAAGAUUGAACGGUUCUUUUCUAUGAAAAAUGUAGCAGCUGAAGAAAAAGUGACAAUUGCUUCUAAGCAGUUGGAAAGGAAAACCAUCCAAUGACAUGUAUCUUUUAUGAGAUAUAAACAGUAUUUGCAGACAAUCGGUUGGAAGGAGUAUGUUGGAGCUUUGGUUGAAAGGUUUGGCACUGACUUUGAUGAUCCUAUGGAGGAAAUUAAAAAGAUCAGACAGAUGGGAAGCGUAAGAGAGUAUCAAGCAGCUUUUGAGAGAAGUUUGACAAGGGUAAAUCUUUCAGAAGAGAAUGUUAUCAGCUAUUAUAUUGGGGGUUUAAAACCUGAGUUAAACAUAGCUGUGAAGAUCACUAAUCCUUCCUCACUUUCCCAAGUGUACAAAAAUGCAAGAAUGCAAGAAGCAUAUCAAAAUGCUAUGACACAACCAGCAAUUGUGCAGUCUCAGAUGAAUGCAAGGAGGAUUGCAGAUCAGAGAAAUAGCAACAACAAUCUUUUUUUCCUACACCUAGUAACUAUAAUUCCAAUUUUUCUAAGGGAAUGAACAGAAGGACCUUGAGCAUAGAAGAGCUAAAUGAAAAAAAGGCAAAGGGAUUGUUGCUACUUCUACAAUGAGACGUAUAUACCUGGCCAUAAAUGCAGAACCUCCAAGCAAUUAUAUUUGUUGGAAAUAGAUGAAACGAAAGAAAUGGAGACAUUAGUUGAAGAACACAAUAGAGAAGUACAAGAGGAACAUGUUGAUCCACUGGAAUUGGUACAACCUGUAGAACACAUGGAGAUUUCUAUGCAUGCCUUGAAUGGAUCUUUAGGAUUUAGAACCUUGAAGGUGAUUGGUUAUCACUCUAAAAUGGGAUUGCAUAUACUAAUUGAUACUGGGAGCUCUCACAACUUUAUAGAUCCUGAACUAGUUAGAAAAUUGGGAUGUGAAGUAAGAUGUAUUAAUCCUGAGGUAGUGGCUGCUGCAAAUGGAAGUAUGAAAGUGGAUCAAAUGACUACUAUCACUUGGUUGUUGCAAGGUGCUGAAUUCUGUGCGGAUUUCUUAUUGUUACCUUUGGGAUAUUGUGGAGUUGUAUUUAGAUUUCAAUGGUUGUUGACUCUAGGUGAUAUCAAGUUGAAUUUUAGAAACUUAACAAUGGAAUUCUGGCACAAAGGGAGAAAACAUCUACUUAGAGGGUCCGACAGUCAAGUGUUAACUCCUAGCGCUGGAAAAUUGGCAAAGCAAACAGGAAUACAAUCUCAAUUGUGUAUAAUUCAGGUGAUCCCUCAAGGAAGUGAUGAAGUAAAGUGGCAUCCAUCAAAAUCUGAUAAUGAUCAGAAGGAAGAUCCUACAAUAUUAGAGGCUGAUCCUUCAUCUCAUAAACAAUUUACUUGGAUGCAAGGCCAAUUGAGAAGGAAAGGAAAAUUGGUAAUUGGUAAGGUACAGAAUUUGAGGACUGAUAUCAUUACUCUUUGGCCUUCUGGACCUCAUGGAGGUUAUUUGGGGUUAGAAGCUACUCUCAAGAGGUUGUUCACACUAUUCUAUUGGAAGAACAUGAGAACUGAGGUGAAGGAAUUCAUCCAAAAUGUGAUGAUGUAUUCCAGAAAAAUAAGUGAGAUCUUGCUUCUUACCCUGGUCUAUUACAACUCCUGCCUAUCCCUGAAAUUGUAUGGUCUCAAAUUAGCAUGGACUUCAUUGAUGGUCUGCCUAAAUCUCAUGGUUAUGAGGUCAUGUUAGUAGUGGUUAACAGAUUGAGCAAAUAUGGCCACUUCCUUCCCCUAAAACAUCCUUAUACAGCUCAAUCAGUUGCUCACGUGUUUCUUGACAAUAUUGUGAAAUUACAUGGUUUUCUGAUGCCAUUACAAGUGAUAGAGAUGUUGUAUUUCUUAGCUCUUUUUGGCAAGAGCUCCUUAGUCUUCAGGGUGUGCUAUUGCAUACUUCCACAGCCUAUCACCCUCAAUUUGAUGGACAAACUGAGGUGCUUAACAGAUGUCUCGAGACCUACUUAAGAUGCUACUGCAGUGAUGAUGCUUCUAAUUGGUUUUCCUGCUUAACUAUGGUCGAGUAUUGGUACAAUACUUGUUUUCAUUCUGCUAUUCAGAUUACUCCUUAUGAGGCUUUAUACGGGCGACCUCCUCCCCUAUAUGUUCCUUAUCUACCAGGUGAAUCAUCUUCUACUGAGGUGGACACUACAUUACUUAAUAGAGAGCUUAAGUUACAACUCUUGAAGCACCAUUUACUCAGGGCUUAAUUAAGAAUGAAGCAACAGUGUGCUACAGAACAGUUAGUUGAUUUGUUAGCUGUAACUGUCAGUUAGUUAGAAUAGUUGAUCAACUUCUAUUUUCUAUUAAUAGGGCAUAUAAUCAUUCAGUUACAAUCAUGAUAUGAAAUAAACCCAAUUCCUUUUCUCUCAAUUCUCUCUCUCUCUCUCUCUCUGUAUUUCUUCGUUCUUUUGAGAUUGUAUCCUCGAGUUGACUCCUGGGCAAUCAACUCGAUCCUCGAAUCCUUGUGAUUCCUGCAAUCGAGUAACAUUCCAAUUGUUCGUAUGCCCGGCCUUGGCAAAACAACACAUGCAAGAAAGCUUUAUAAUGAUUCAAAUAUUACUUUUGAAUUUGUGAGUUGCAUUUGGGUCAAUGUCUCUCAAUCAUAUAAUAAAACGGAAGUUUUGCUCAGUAUUCUUAAACAUUUGAAGUACCAACUUGACAUGAAUAAGAGUGAUGAGCAAAUAAUUGACGAAAUUCGCACCUGCUUGGGGAAUGGAUAAUUGACGAAAUUCGCACCUGAUUGGGGAAUGGAGGGAGGUGUUUAAUCGUAUUGGACGAUAUGUGGAACGCGGUCAUCGUAGAUUUUAUAACAUGUGUUUUCCCUGACAACAACAAAGGCCAUAAAAUCAUGAUGGCCAGUCGGUUUGUAGAGGUGACUUCUUAUUUCAAUCGUGAUUAUUAUAAGCUAUCCUUUCUAACUGACGAAGACAGUUGGUUCUUGCUCAAACUGAAGGUUUUCAGGAAAAAAUGUUGCCCACCUGAGCUUGCAGAAAUAGGACGUAACAUAGCUAAAAAAUGUAAUGGGCUACCACUUGCAGUAGUGGUAAUUGCGGGAGCUCUCUUAGGUCGCACAACAAGAAGGGAAUGGCAGCUUGUUGAUGAAAACAUGGGAGAAUAUCUUAUAAAUAGAGAUGUUCCAGACAGCUGCUUCAGGCUUAUAAAAAUGAGUUACGAUCUUUUGUCUUAUUACCAACAGGCGUGUUUCCUGUAUUGUGCUAGCUUUCCUCAAGGUUUUGAUAUUCCUGGUUGGAAAUUGAUCCAUUUGUCGAUCGCAGAAGGUUUCAUACCAAUUCAGAAUCAUUUAACCCUGGAGGAACAAGCAGAAGAAUGUCUGAACGAGCUUACUAAGAAGAACUUACUGAUGGUAAUGGAGGAGUCAUUAGAUGGACAGAUCAAGACAUGUCGUGAGUUUUGCAAGAAGGAAGCAAUCGAGGAAGACAUUUUCUGGGCGAUUAAAAAUGCACCUGAUGAGGAGUCUUUGGUGACGAAAGAUUCAGGCACAUAUCGACGCCUUUGCAUUGAUUCUUCCACUUUGAGUAAUUUCCUCAAGGAACUUCGUAAGGAACCGCCUAUGCAGAAUGUCAAGUCUUUCUUAUGUUUUAGCUCAAAUCCAAUUGACAACCAAACUCCAGACAUGAUUAAAUCCUUGCACAAGGGUUUUCCCCUGAUUAAAGUACUCGAUGUUGAACCCCUAAGAUCUCUCUUCUCGAAGGAUUUUUAUCAGUUGUAGCAUUUGAAAUACAUUUCUCUCUCAGGAGAAUUCAAGUCGCUUCCACUAAUGUUUGUCAAGUUCUGGAACUUAGAAACUCUUAUCGUCCAUACUACCUAUCCAGAUAGUACUUUCGAGGUGAAAGUGGAUAUUUGGAGUAUGAUGCGUUUGAGGCAUCUGCACGUUAACGCCCCUACUAAACUGCCUCCUCCUAGUGCUUCAAUAAGCAAGGAGCGGGAGUGCAACAUACAAACACUCUCCGUGAUUGCUCCACAAAGUUGCACCAGUGAAGUGUUCACCAGGGCUCGUAAUCUCAGGAAGUUAGCUAUUCGAGGUCAAGUAUUUUCACUUUCCGAUAACAUUGCUAGUAGAUUGAGCGAACUUGCUAUGUUAAAGCGGUUGGAAAAGUUGAAGUUAGUGAAUGAUGAUCAAGAUGACAGUCGAGUUAUAACUCUUCCUGUGAUGGUAUUUAUGCUUCCCAAUACCCUGAGGAAGUUGACCUUGUCUAAUACCCGAUUGAAUUGGCGGGAUAUGACCAAAUUGGGGCCGCUCGAGUCUCUUGAAGUCCUUAAGUUGAGGGAGAAUGCUUUCAAUGGGGAGUUCUGGGAGCCAGAAAUUGGCAGCUUCGCUAGACUACAAGUAUUGUGGAUUGAGAAGACAGACUUGCAAGCUUCACGUCACAACUUCCCCCGCCUUAAGCGGCUUGUUCUUAUAUUUUGUGAGCACCUUGAAGAAGUUCCACAAGGCCUGGCUGACAUACCCAAUCUCCAAGAGAUGUGACUGGAAUGUACGUACAAAGCAGUCAAGUCAGCAAGGAUUAUGGCCAAGAAGAAGCUGGAAGACCGUGCUAGCUCUAGCGCCUCCGGGUUCAGACUCUCAAUAUUUCCUCCCCACUUUGAUGCUGAUGAUUCUAGUUAAAACAACAGGUAGAUGUCUUUACACUUCACUUUGGUGUGAGCUAAUGUCCUCUUUGACAUGGUGUGCCAAGAAACUGGUUUUUAUUCUUUCCAAAUAAAGUCUCUAAAUGGUUUUGGAGACAUUGUGUGUUGUUUAUUAUGACAUGUUUUGGAGACAUUGUCCAUGCAAUCUGUAAUUAGCUAGGAUUGAAGUUUACUACUUUGAGUAUUCUGUUUGUAUCCUUUCUCCA